GUUCCCGGUCGCCGGCCCCGCGGUUCUCCGGGCCGAGUCCCGCCGGGGAGAGGGCUGCUCCCGGAGGGCAGCGAGCGGGCCGCAGUGGCCGGGCAGUUUGGUUUCUCCAGCUUUCUUCUGUCUCCGUGGGAAGAACAUUGCUGGGGGAUCCCCUGCCCCUUCAAGACUCAGCAGGAUGAAAGUCAUCACGUGUGAGAUUGCCUGGCACAACAAGGAGCCGGUGUACAGCCUGGACUUCCAGCACGGCUCUGCCGGGAGGAUCCACAGGCUGGCCUCUGCCGGCGUGGACACUGCCGUCAGGAUCUGGAAGGUAGAAAAGGGACCAGAUGGAAAAGCCAUUGUGGAAUUUUUGUCCAAUCUUGCUCGUCACACCAAAGCUGUCAAUGUCGUGCGUUUUUCUCCAGCUGGGGACAUUUUAGCAUCGGGAGGAGAUGACGCCGUCAUCCUGUUGUGGAAGGUGAACGACAACAAGGAGCCUGAGCAGAUCGCUUUCCAGGAUGAGGACGAGGCCCAGCUGAAUAAGGAGAACUGGACUGUGGUGAAAACCCUGAGGGGCCACUUAGAAGAUGUGUAUGAUAUUUGCUGGGCAACAGAUGGGAAUUUAAUGGCUUCUGCCUCAGUGGACAACACAGCCAUCAUCUGGGAUGUCAACAAAGGACAAAAGAUAUCAAUUUUUAAUGAACACAAAAGUUAUGUACAAGGAGUAACCUGGGACCCUUUGGGUCAGUAUGUUGCUACUCUGAGCUGUGACAGAGUGUUGCGGGUGUACAGCACGCAGAAGAAGCGGGUGGCUUUUAACGUUUCCAAGAUGCUGUCUGGAAUAGGGACCGAAGGAGAGGCACGCAGUUACCGGAUGUUUCAUGAUGACAGCAUGAAGUCAUUCUUCCGUAGACUCAGCUUUACUCCCGACGGAUCCUUGCUCCUCACACCAGCCGGGUGUGUGGAAUCUGGUGAAAAUGUAAUGAAUACAACUUAUGUUUUCUCCAGGAAAAAUCUGAAAAGGCCGAUUGCACAUCUUCCCUGCCCUGGAAAGGCCACUCUUGCCGUUCGCUGCUGUCCCGUCUACUUUGAGCUGAGGCCAGUGGUGGACACAGAUCAGUCAGUGCACGAGCCAGGCAUGGAGCUGAUGGACCUGCCCUACCGCCUGGUGUUUGCAGUGGCCUCGGAGGACUCUGUGCUCCUGUAUGACACACAGCAGCCCUUCCCUUUCGGUUAUGUGUCCAACAUUCAUUACCACACCCUGAGUGAUAUUUCGUGGUCCAGUGAUGGGGCCUUCCUGGCCAUCUCGUCCACUGAUGGUUAUUGCUCAUUUGUGACCUUUGAGAAGGAUGAACUUGGAAUACCUUUGAAAGAGAAGCCAGUUUUGAGCAUGCGAACUCCUGAUACGGCAAAGAAAACUAAGAAUCAGGCACACCAAGGGUCUUCACCGGGGUCCAGAUCCAUAGAGGGGACACCCACCAGCAGAACCCAGGACUCCAGCAGUCCCUGUACAACCCCACCCCAGGCCAGACAGUCUCCGGCCCCAGCAGCUGUCAAGGACACGCCUCCCGUUCCUGGUGUCAGAAGCCCCUUGCCAGGACCUUCAGAGGAGAAGACCCCGCAGCACAACAGUCAGAACCCAAGAGCCCCUCCACCCCGGAGGGUCACACUCAACACCCUGCAAGCCUGGAGCAAGCCCACACCCCGGAGAAUAAACCUAAUACCCUUAAAGACAGAGACUGCACCAGAUUCUGUACCGCCCAGUGUUAUUUCCUCUCCAAGCACAGAAGAAACACAGGCAGAGAUGUCUGGAGACCCUCAGGACAGUCCCCCACAGCUGAAGCAGCCCAGGCUGGAGGAGAACAAAGGACACACCCAAAUGGACGCUUGAGGGGACCCUGACUUCUGCCUGCCGGGUCUCGGAACACCCACAUGGACAAGGCAGAUAGGCCUGAGGCCAAGGGCAUGGAGUGGAACAGACGCUUGUAAAUUGAUUUCCACGACAGAAGACACUUGGUGUACUGAGUCUUCCAGAAAUGUGUGCUCUGCGUUUGCACCGCCUUUCCUCCGGGCUGUAAGUGUUGCCGUGGAUUGCAUGCGCUGCUGCUGAGCUUCUACAGCUGGAACAGGGCAGCAGCCUGCAGCGUGGAAAUCGCUGACCCCUCCCUGGCGCCCUCGUGAACGGGCGCAUGGCCCCCUUUAAAGUCUGGGGAGAGGUAACUUGAGAAGGUUUAUUCUCUUGAAUUUUAGAGUGUUUGAAGUGAUUGCUAGACUUGGCUUCUAUUUAGUUGAUUAAACUUUGGAAGUUCGUUAGGUUUGUUGUCUGACUUUAAAGGUAAUAAUGCUCAUUCUGGAAAGUUAGUGAACUAUGGUGACGAAAAAAAGUCGUAAGAAAAAGGGCUAGGAGCAGGCAUUUUCCCUCCUGGUUCUGGCACCCACGUCCCAGUUUCAGGGUACCCCGUUCCUGGAUCCAGCGCCUGAUCCCAGCCCCGACACCCACGUCCCAGUUUCAGGGUACCCCGUUCUUGGAUCCAAUGCCUGAUCCCGGCUCCGACACCCACGUCCCAGUUUCAGGGUACCCCGUUCCUAGAUCCAGCGCCUGAUCCCAGCUCCGACACCCACGUCCCAGUUUCAGGGUACCCCGUUCCUAGAUCCAGCACCUGAUCCCAGCUCCGACACCCACGUCCCAGUUUCAGGGUACCCCGUUCCUAGAUCCAGCGCCUGAUCCCAGCUCCGACACCCACGUCCCAGUUUCAGGGUACCCCGUUCCUAGAUCCAGCGCCUGAUCCCAGCUCCGACACCCACGUCCCAGUUUCAGGGUACCCCGUUCCUAGAUCCAGCGCCUGAUCCCAGCCCCGACACCCACGUCCCAGUUUCAGGGUACCCUGUUCCUAGAUCCAAUGCCUGAUCCCAGCUCCGACACCCACGUCCCAGUUUCAGGGUACCCCGUUCUUGGAUCCAAUGCCUGAUCCCGGCUCCGACACCCACGUCCCAGUUUCAGGGUACCCCGUUCCUGGAUCCAGCACCUGAUCCCAGCUCCGACACCCACGUCCCAGUUUCAGGGUACCCCGUUCCUAGAUCCAGCGCCUGAUCCCAGCUUCUGCUGAGGCAGCCGUGAUGAUGCAGGUAACUGGGCCCCUGCCACCUGUGUAGGAGGCCCACAUGGAUUCCAGGCUCCUGACUUCAGCCUGCCCAGUCCCAGUUGUUGUAGACAGUUGGAGAGUGAACCAGCAGAUGGGAUCUGUCUGUCCGUCUUUACUCAAAUAAAUAAAAAAGUUUUCAGAAAACAGACCGGAGUUGGGAAUGCCUGUAGUCUCAGUCUUAGAAGUGACCCUAAAUUAAUGUAGCUUAUUUCCUCCUUGGCACUUUUAUAGUCUUUUCUCCUAAGAGAGCUGAGAUUUUACUUCAGAUAUGACUUGUAGUCAAAUAAAUAAUGUUUUAGAUUGGUUUUUCAAGGCGAUGUA